AUGAGCCGCAAACGGGUGAGAUCGCCCGAGGCGGUGCAGCAUUGGCUAAUGAAGUCUGAGCCGGACAAGUUUUCGAUUGAUGACCUCAAAGCGAGCGGACGUUCUCCGUGGGAUGGCGUGCGCAACUACGCGGCGCGGAACAACAUGAAGGCAAUGAACGUUGGAGACCGCGUCUUAUUUUAUCACAGCAAUGCAAAGCCGCCCGGAGUGGUGGGCCUCGCCACUGUGGUGAGGACGGCGUAUCCCGACCACACAGCGUUGGACCCGGCGUCUCCAUACCACGAUGCAAAGGCGACCAAAGAAAAGAACCCCUGGGAAAUGGUUGACAUCAAGUUUGGGGAAAAGUUUCCCGCAUUGCUGUCGCUGGAACGUCUAAAGGGCGAGAAAGAACUCCGUGAAAUGCAACUCUUUUCUAGGACUAGGCUAAGCGUACAGCCUGUAACGAAAGGCGAGUAUGAGCAUAUUCUUUGGCUUGGGCGUGGAGGAGGAAAAGGGUGA